AUGGCUUAUUGGUUGAAGUUAUUCUUCUUAGGUCUAAUAUGCCUCUAUUGUACUGCUAAACACACUCUGAAUCAAGAAACUGAAUUCGAAUGUGUCCCUAUCUACGAACAAUCUGCACUACAACACCCUCUAAUGAAGAAUCACCAAAUACAGACUAGACCAAGUCGAGAACUUUUAUCAAUGCUCUCUAGUUCUAAUGAUGACACAAUCACAACGAUUGGUUUGAAGAAAUCCGCAGAAUGUCCCAAAGGACAAGUACCGAUUCACAAACCAAAAACCAACUUAACUAAUAUUUUUAUCCAUCCCCAACAAUUUACUAAAGAAGGUAGUGUCCUGAAACAAGAUCGUUGGGUUAAACAAAGGAGAAAGUCUCACUACCCGUCAAAAAUAUUUAGGGAGUACAAUGGACAUUAUGCAAUUAUCAGGGAAUUUGAAAAUACGACAAAAAAAUGGCAUGGUGCACAAGCAUUGUUCAACAUUAACAAGCCUCGAGUAGCGCAAAAUCAAUAUAGUAAAGCUUGGAUUUGGCUUAAUUACAUACAAAUGAACGAAAUGAGCAGCAUCCAGUUUGGUGUGGCUGUGCAUACAAAACUAUAUCGAGAUGACCGUCCAAGACUAACGACGUAUUGGAUGUCAGGAAAACAACAAGAUGGAUGUUAUAAUGCGUUAUGUCCAGGAGGUUAUGUCCAAAUUCAUAAAUCAAUCUACCCUGGUUUGAUUUUUGAUAAAAUCAGCAUUCCAGGAGGACAACAAUAUACUAUUCAUCUUUCUGUUGCCGAGGAUCCAGUGACCAAAAAUUGGGUAUUGACGAUAGGAACCAUAAUGAUAGGUUAUUGGCCACGUCAAACUCACAUGGGAGAAGGAGCUUCUGAAGUUUACUUCGGUGGAUUUGCAGGAACUUCAUUGCCUAAUACCUUGAGCCCACCAAUGGGAACUGGAGAUUUUCCGACAAGAGAUUUGACUCGGUCUUGCUACAUGAAACAGCUUAAAUAUGUUCUUUCGGAUUAUACAAUAGAGGAUAUUGAUUCCAAUGAGGUCGAGUAUUACAUUGAUGAUCCCAAGUGUUAUGGUGUAAUGUUUCUUAAGUAUGUAGAUUCUGAUUCGAGAGAGACCCUUACGUUUGGAGGACCUGGUGGACAUUGUCGUCUUUCAUGA